GAAGCAAAAGGUGGUGCCUGCGCACUCCUGUACUGUAGGGGGCGGUACGCACGCGAGAAGCUGCUCCGAUUCCGCCAAUCACCACAGAAGAAGAAUAUGAGGUAGUGGCGCGCGCUCACAGUCUGAAUUUGAAUCUCGGAACAGAGCUGACUGCUGCCUGUUAGACCACGAUGGCUCAGGGACGUAAAUUUCAAGACUUGGAGGAGACGGGCGAGGCGCUGGUGGCCUUCAUCAACAGCAGCCAGCCUGUGAUACUGAGACGAGUGAAAGAUGAACAUCAGUCCCUUUUCGACCAACACGUGGAGACAAAGAAGAUAGUGACGCAGAUUUUAAAAGAUAUGGCUCAGACUGAGGAGAGCGCCGGCCAGAGGCUGCUGGACAUGGAGGAGGAGAAGAAGCAACGGGAGAACGAGCUGGCGAACCUGGGGGAGCAGCUGAGGCAGUGCACAGCCAAGAGCCAGAUCACCGACUCCGAAUUACAAUUUCUGCAGAGAGAGUUGGAGAGUCUGCGAAACACCGAACAUGAGCUUCAGAGUCUUCAGAACGAGGUGGAUGAAGACACUACCGAGGUCAUCCCUUCAGCAGUAUAUGUGGCUCAGGUGUACUACCUCAUCACCAAGAUCAAGUGGGAGUAUAACACGCCAGCCAACAUCUUAAAAGGAGUGCACUACGGAGCAGACCUGGCCACGCCCAUCAACAUCGACACGUCCAUGCGACCUCGCAGUGACAUCAGUGACCAGCUGUGGGACUUUGUCAGCACUGAGUGGUAGCUGCAGGACGGCCGUGCUCAUCAGAAAUGUUGUGCACACUAUCUUUGUUUGUCUGUAAAUGUGUUUGUUUCCUCCUGUUGUAUACAACAUUUAUAUAGUUUUAAAAAUAAAUAUCUUCGACGUUUG